CAAUGGAGUGGGAAAACCCGGGACCCCGGAGAGAGGGAGAGAGGGCAAAGCUGCGGGACCGCCGGGGGGAGGGGGAACAUUUGGAUUCCUCCGGGGAUCGUGGUGACUCGUGGGUAGCAGGGCUGCUCUGCUGAUUCACUUCCAGCAUGGUGAUCAAAGUGUUUGUCGCCACAUCUUCGGGGUCCACAGCGAUAAAGAAGAAACAGCAAGAAGUCGUGGGCUUUUUAGAGGCCAACAAGAUUGACUUUCAGCAAAUGGACAUAGCAGGAGAUGAGGACAACAGGAAAUGGAUGAGAGAGAAUGUCCCGGGUGAAAAAAAGCCUCAGAAUGGAAUUCCCCUCCCUCCACAGAUCUUCAACGAGGAGCGGUACUGUGGGGAUUUUGAAUCCUUUUUCUCUGCCAAGGAAGAAAACAUUAUUUAUUCGUUCCUGGGCCUUGCUCCUCCUCCAGGCACAAAGGAGCCUGAAAAGUCUGAUGCCACAGAGGAGAAGUCUGAUGCCACAGAGAAGUCUGAUGCCACAGAGGAGAAAUCAGAAGCCACAGAAGAUAAAUCUGAUUCCAAGGAUGAAAAGUCUGAUGCAACAAAUGAAACUGAGGCACACACAGAAGACAAGGGAGAUGAAGGGGCUCCUGAAGAGGCUCAGUCUGGCCAGACACCCCCAGAAGGUCAACAGGAAGGCGAGGAAGAACAUGCAGCAACAGGGGAAGAAGAAGAAGAAAAGCAGGGAGAGGGAGAAGAAAAGGAAGAGGUGGAGGAGCAGGAAGAGUCUUAGUACCGUUCCCUAUGACACAGUAUUUCUUGAACAGGUUUUCAGGAAGCACCAGCUGGAGCCACCCCACCAAAGAAAAGAAAAUCCCUUUCUCAAGCAAAGCACCACUACCUUUAGUGCCUGUAUGAACAUAAAACCAGAACACAGCCACCACUCUGUCCCACCUGUAACCUUUAUAUAUAUAUUUGGUAUUCCACUUGCUUGUUAAAAUGCACCUCGUGUCUGACAGAUGGUAUUUCAGUCAAUUGUUAUGUGUUGGGGUAGUUUUGUCCAUGUCACAUUUAGAUUGUGAGCUCUCCAGGGCAGGAACCACGUGUCUCUUCAUGUCCAAACACUGCCAAGCACGUUGCUGCCACUCAGCAGCACUCACACCCCUGAUGUCUUCAGAGGAAAAGAAAUUCAGCACUGAAAACUGCAAAGAGGCUUCCUGUACACAAGCCAUGUGAGUCACUUCUCCCUCAGCUGGCAUUUGAAAAUGAUUGAGAUUCCCAUUGUGCAGCAGUUUAAAUAAAUGUGUUUUCUUGUCUGCUAAAGCAUUAA